AUGUCAAUGGAUAUUUAUGCCAAACCAGACUUGGCUCAGAAGGUGAGAUAUAACAGAGGAGCUGGAGAGGGGGGAGAAGAGUGGGAGGAGAGGCCGGUGGUGAUCUAUGAGAGUGCAGACACUUACAGAGACCAUCAAUCUGACCUGCUGACACACACGGACAAUAUCCAAAACGCCACAAGAGAGCAAGACGGAGAGCAACACAGUGAAAAGCAGCUUCCAGCUUCCAUCCACAGAAGCUCCUCCAGAGCUGCUGCCGUGAGUUUGGGCCUGCUGGCUCUUCUGCUAGCAGCUGGGAUCAUCGUCUUGUCCAUAAACUACAAUUUGGUGCUGGAAAGAGACAACCUCAACACAAGUCAUAGCCAGUUACAGACCAGUUACCACAACCUGACUGAGGAGAGAGACCAGUUACAGACCAGUUACCACAACCUGAUUGAGGAGAGAGACCAGUUACAGACCAGUUACCACAACCUGACUGAGGAGAGAGACCAGCUACAGACCAGUUACCACAACCUGACUGAGGACAGUGACCAGUUACAGACCAGUUACCACAGCCUGAUUGAGGCGAUACACUGGUUACAGACCAUUUACCACAGCCUGACUAAGGAGAGAGACCAGUUACAGACCAGUUACCACAGCCUGACUGAGGAGAGAGACCAGUUACAGACCAGUUACCACAGCCUGACUGAGGAGAGAGACCAGUUACAGACCAGUUACCACAACCUGAUUGAGGAGAGAGACCAGUUACAGACCAGUUACCACAGCCUGACUGAGGAGAGAGACCAAUUACAGACCAGUUACCACAGCCUGACUGAGGAGAGAGACCAGUUACAGACUGAAGUGAACGAGCUGAAGAGGCACAUUGAAGGGAAGUGGUGUCCUGAAGGAUGGAACAGAUUUGGAUGCAGCUGCUACUACACAUCUACUGAGAGCGACACCUGGUGGCAGAGCAGAGAGAAAUGUCAGAAACAAGGAGCAGAUCUGGUGGUGAUCAACAGCAAAGAGGAACAGAUGUCGAUGGAUAUUUAUGCCAAACCAGACUUGGGUAAGAAGGUGAGAUAUAACAGAGGAGCUGGAGAGGGGGGAGAAGAGUGGGAGGAGAGGCCGGUGGUGAUCUAUGAGAGUGCAGACACUUACAGAGACCAUCAAUCAGACCUGCUGACACACACAGACGAUGUCCAAAACGCCACCGGAGGGCAAGACGGAGAGCAACACAGUGAAAAGCAGCUUCCAGCUUCCAUCCACAGAAGCUCCUCCAGAGCUGCUGCCGUGAGUUUGGGCCUGCUGGCUCUUCUGCUAGCAGCUGGGAUCAUCGUCUUGUCCAUAAACUAUAUUUCAGUCAUUAUGGAAAGAGACAAUUUGGUGCUGGAAAGAAACAACCUCAACACAAGUCAUAGCCAGUUACAGACCAGUUACCACAGCCUGACUGAGGAGAGAGACCAGUUACAGACCAGUUACCACAGCCUGACUGAGGAGAGAGACCAGUUACAGACCAGUUACCACAGCCUGAUUGAGGAGAGAGACCAGUUACAGACUGAAGUGAAUGAGCUGAAGAGGCACAUUGAAGAGAGAUCGUGUCCUGAAGGAUGGAACAGAUUUGGAUGCAGCUGCUACUACACAUCUACUGAGAGCGACACCUGGUGGCAGAGCAGAGAGAAAUGUCAGAGUAAAGGAGCAGAUCUGGUGGUGAUCAACAGCAAAGAGGAACAGGACUUUGUCAGAGGACUGAAGAUGAAAGGAGCUUCCUGGAUUGGUCUGUGGACAGAGUGGAAACAACAGUCAUGGACGUGGGAGUGGGUGGACAAAUCACCAAUCACAGUAACAUACUGGAGAAGUCAACCUCAGAACCCCAGGUCUCAGGCAACAGCAAGCUGCUGUGAAGGAGGACACUGGACAGAAGUGGACAAUUAUGAAACAAACUACUGGAUCUGUGAGAAACAGAUUCUCUAUCUUCUCUGA